GUCAAUCAAGUUUUCUGCUUCGUGGUUUUGUUUUGUUUGUGUUUUUCAAAUAUAUUGACGUAAAUUGAUGCAAACUCUGGUGAGACGUUUAAGUGGGCAUGUUAAAUCAAAUACCUUUUUUAAUAAGUGUAUUUAUAUAAUGUUUCAUUAAGAAUGUUAUUUUCGUGGGUUUCUGAGUCAAUUUAAUAAUGGCUUCAGAAAAAUGGGCUGGAUUCACUGAUGAAGAUAUUGAACGAAUUAAAACAAAUCCUACGAAUAGAAAAAAUAGUCGUAUGACGGAUAAAGAUGGUAUUCCUAGAAAGGAUAAUUCAGGACCUUUAAAGAUCAAAGAAAUAGCUGUAAAAACCUUACAACCUAAUUUUCCUUCUGAAUCAUCAAAAGAUGAGACAUCAGAUUCAGAUCAUGAUUUUAUCAGGAGACCUCAUCGAUCGAAGAAAAAUUCUAAAUUGAAAGAAUUUCCAUCGCCUGUAUUAGCUCCACAUAAUACUAUUGAUUGUAAUAAUAUGCCUCAUGAAGAGAAUAAUACAGCUGAUAUGUCUGAUGAUUCUUGCAAAUCACCUACAGAUUCAAGAAAUGAAAAUUUAGAGGACAAGUUUCUUGAAACAGAACCAAACUCUAAUAUUAGCGAGUUGGAACUAUUUGAAAUACGACGAAAGAAAGUCGAAGCUGAGAAUGCCAGAAGAAGGGCUCUCAUAAACAAAGCUAUAACAGACAAAAAAAUGCAAACUCAAGCUGAAGCAAUGAAAUUAGCAAAAAUUACUCAGGAGCUGAAUCGCUUGGACAGUAUUUUAAGUGCAGAUGUCUCUAUUUUACGUGAUUAUAUAGAGCAAGCUAGUAUGGAAUUCUCUAAAGCUGAAAAGAGAUAUUUGAAAGCUGAAAAGGAAUUCAUAGAAGCUAAAUUGGAUUUGUAUGAAAAAAUGCAAAGAAAAGAACAAUUGACUGAACACCUUUGUGCCAUCAUUGAACAAAAUGAGAACAGGAAAGCGAACAAACUAGUUGAACUCAUGAAACAAUUGGAAAUGGAAGCAAUUAUUGAAGAUUAUGAUAUAAAUAAUUCUGAACCUGUCUUGUCAAAGUUUUGUCUACUAAAUGACGAAACAUACCAUUGCUGUCAGACUUUGAAGCCGUCUCAGAAAACACCUUCCAAUGAUUCUAAACAUGACGAAGAGGCAAUGUCUCAAACUCCCGAAGAAUUAAAUACAUCUGUGGAUUCAACAAACACUGAAAAUUGUUGCACAGAUACACUGCCAUAAAGAAUCUCAUAAGUGUGCAGUCAUAUGAUCAAAAUUUUUAUGCAUUUGAAAAAAAAAAAUCACUCAUGAAAUGAUAGUUUAUUUUAGUACCUGGUGUGUUAUCAUUGUUGAUCAAUGAGUGCCUUAUAUACAACUUAUUAAUUUAUUACUUGUUGUCUUUCUAUAUAAAAUGUUUGCAUUUUACAAUUUACUGUGUGAAUAGCAAUAUAUUUUUUCAUAAUCUGUGUAUAUAAUAAUAUUUAACAAAUAAGGUAUGCAGUGCAUUUAAUAAUCAAAUAUUUUCUGUGUAUUGGAAUAUAUAAUAACGAUUUAACAUAAUUUACAUCCUGGUCCUGACAUUUGCCAAUGGUAUAAAAUAGAAAAUGUUAUGUACAAGUAAUAUUCAUUCUCUUGUGUAAAUGAUUUACUGUUAUAUACACAAAUCUUUAUAAGUAACAACAACAAAAUUCAGAUUCUUUUAAUUUUUCCUUUGAAGCAACGUAUAAAAUUAAAAAAAGACUAUCUUUGCCAUAAAUUCAAUGAUGGCUUAUUUAUUGAAUGUAUAUUUUUUAAUGAAUUUUGGAAUUAUAUUUUUCUUUAGUUAGUGAAUAUAUAUGUCACAAUUUUCUCGUUUAUUUUGGAGGGGGGGGGGGAGCUCUUUAUAAAUAAGAAAUAUUUCCAUAGUCUUGAGUUAUUUUAUCAAUAUAUAUCUAUAUCCUGUUGCUCUUUUAAUCCACCAAUUUUGUGAUACAAAAAUUAUAUUUCUGUUUUUUGAAUUUUACUGUUGUCUAUCUUUAUUACUUCAAGAUUUCUGUGUUUGAAGUAUUAUUUUGUUAUAAUAAAAGUAUAGUGC